AUCAAUCGUUUACUGGUUUUACUUUCGGAAGCAGAACGAAGCUAAAAGGCUAUAAAUAAUCGAUAAAAUUAUCAGUAUACAAGACACUGAAUUACAAAUCCUUAGUUUUUAUUCAUAAGCCAUAGAGUAAGAGUUUUAAUCCGUGGAGUGAAAGAGUUUUCAAAUGAGUUCAAGAGGAAAGCGCAAAGCGACUAGUCAGGCAAAGUCCAAAGGAGAAGCAGAUUCCAAAAGACCCAAGUCGGCUGCUUCUAUGAAACCACGGCGUCCUAAAGGCAUGGUAGAAGUACCUUCUGGGACGGUACUCACAGACCUCACCAAGAAACAAUGGAAGCUUGGAAAACUGAUUGGAUGGGGAGGAUUUGGUGCACUGUAUUUAGCAAGUCCAGAUUGUGGUAAACCAGUAAGCGAGGAUGCUGAGAAUGUCAUUAAGAUUUGCAAAAGGAGAGAGCUUCAGGGAACCACAGCUUCAAACUAUUGUUUUCAGUUGAGGAGCCUCAUGCAAAUGGCCCACUCUUCACUGAACUUGCAUUUUAUCAGAGUAGCAAAGCCUGACAACAUCAGUAGUUGGAUGAAGACAAAGAAACUAAAGCAUCUUGGUGUUCCUUUGUACCUUGGUUCAGGUUCAGUGGAACAUGACAAUGCCAAGAUGAGGUUUUUAGUAAUGGAGAGGUAUGACAAGGAUGUUGAUCAAAUCUUUCAGCAGCACAACCGUCGGUUUGACAUCAGGACUGUUUUGAUGCUGGGGUUAAGAAUUCUUGAUAUCCUAGAAUAUAUCCAUGAAAAUGAAUAUGCACAUGCAGACAUCAAGGGAUCCAAUCUGAUGAUGGGAUACUCCAAGGGCAAGAAGGAUCAGGUCUAUUUGCUUGAUUAUGGACUGACAUUCAGGUUCAAUCCAAAUGGAGAGCACAAGGAGUACAAAGAAGACCCAAAGAGAAAACAUGACGGCACAGUGGAGUUUGCCAGCAUAGAUGCACAUAAAGGAGUUGCUCCAUCAAGAAGAUCAGAUUUAGAAAUUCUUGGUUAUGUUAUGUUACAAUGGUUGUGUGGAAGACUACCCUGGGAAGAUAAGCUAUGUGACAAGGAGUAUGUCAAGAACCAGAAGAUAAGGUACAUGGAUAACAUACCUCAGCUUAUCAAAGAAUGUCUUCCUUCUGGAGAAAGCUCAGAGGUACAACAGUUCCUAGGAUAUGUCAAGAAUCUUGAAUACGAUCAAAUACCAGACUAUGGCAAAAUUCGACAGAUUUUUCAAAAUGGAUUAAAGAAACGAAAAGCUAGUGAUGAUGGAAGGAGUGUUAUAUUUACCCCAUCUGCUGGAGCUACAGCCAAUGGAGCCCAUGAAAUGAAGGAUGAUUCAAAAAGGAAAACUGCAACCAAGAAACAAAAAGUCGUAAAAGCAUCAGACAUAUCAGACAACGAAGAACCAAUCCCAGCCAAAAAACCUCGAUCGCGCGCAUCGCCAAAAUCCACCAAGAAAAGCAAAGACAUCGAAACGAUUCUCUCCAGUUCUGAUGAAGAAGAACGGGCUGCUCUAGCAAAGCGACGUUCUCCAAAGAAAACAAAAGCAAAAUCUUCUCCAAGAUCGCCCAGGAAAGUAACUAGCGCACCUGCUGUUGUUACUCAAGCAAAAUCGACAAAAGGAGAUAAACCUGUCCGAAAACCUCGCGGAAGACCAAAGAAAACACCAGCAUAUGUGGAUAUGGCGACGUCGCCUAUCGUAUUCAAAGACUAGUAAGAACUUGCUCGUUAGAGUAAUUGGUAUUUUAGAAUGAACGUUGACAUUUGGAAAAAAGACGGGUGUUAGUGACUUUUCCACUAUGUGAUGUGGUUGAGUGAGAAAAACCAUUUAAGUGAAACUGAGGGUUGACAUUCCCAUGGAAAGCCAUUUAAGUAUUAUAGAGGGAGGACAUUCCAAUGGAAAGCCAUUUAAGUGUAACUGAGGCUGAGGGCAGACAUUCCAUGGAAAGCCACUUAAAUGUAACCGAAGGGAACAUUCCAAUGGAAAGCCAUUUAAGUGUAACUGAGGGUUGACAUUCUCAUGGAAAACCAUUUAGGUGUAACUGAGGGUUGACAUUCCCAUGGAAAGCCAUUUAGGUGUAACUAAGGGGAGGACAUUCUAAUGGAAAGCUAUUUACUAAAUGAAAAUAAACGCCGAUUAGGAAGCCAUUAAAUUGUCGCGCUGAAGGCAUGAUUUUACAGAAAUCAUCGCUCAUUUUCUAGUUAUUCGAGCAAAAAGUGAUACACUAAUAGCCUUCUUGCGUUUUAGAAAAAAAAGUUUUUCAAAACCGCAGGAAUUGAGGAUUUACUAAGACAGGGAUACAAAAAACUAAUUUUUGUAAGAUUUCAUCUUAAAUGUAUAUCCAUUGUAUUAUCAGAGUAUUUAUUUGAUAACAUCUUUUCAUUUUCACAAGACAAGAAUGCUUUCAACUGACUUGAGUUUAAUAAAAAGUUUCAAAGGUU